AUGGCGGCGGCCUGUGCGGGGAUGGAAGCGGCGGCGCCGACGGCGGUGCCUCCUCCCUCACCUCCUCCUUCUGCAGCCGCCGCCGCACCGGGCUUGGCCGAGCUGGUGUGCGCGCAGGGCCGGAACGUGAAGGCGGUGCUGUGCCAGCGCUGCGGGUCCCGGGUGCUGCUGCCCGGCGCCGCCACCUUCGCCCGCCGUGAGCUGCUCCUGCCCGCCAUGAGGAAGAAGGCGGCGGCGGCUGCGGGCGGCGGCGGCGGGGACGUGGUGCGGGAGCACUGGCUGGUGCGGGACAUGUUCUCCUUCGAGAACGUGGGCUUCACCCGCGACGUGGGCAACGUCAAGUUCCUGGUGUGCGCCGACUGCGAGGCGGGGCCCAUCGGCUGGCACUGCCUCGACGACAAGGACAGCUUCUACGUGGCGCUGGAGCGUGUGGCCCACGAGUGACAGCGG